GGAACGCAACCACGAUUGACUACGGCCGGCUGGAAAAUGCCGUGAGCGGCGUGCCGCGCAGAUUUUUGAGUGCGCAGAAGUGAGAACACAUGUUGUCGAGGAAGCAGCCAUUGUAGGCCCCUUCUGAUCUGGACGCCGUGACUGUGACAUCGAGCAGUUAUUAUUUUGAUUGUUAUUUCUUUCUGUUGCCGGUUGAUUUUGGAUUUUUUUUUAUUUUGUCGUGAGUUGAAUACGAAUAAGUUCGCUGAGCUUUUGUUGUUUUUUUUUGGACACUACGAUCCCGAAUACGCCAUCGCCAAGACAUCAACGCUUUUUUCCGUCAGUUUUGCUUUGCCGCCAACUUCGAUCACCUAGCCAACAUCGCCUGGAACGUUUACGGAAGCUACGGGGAUGUCCAACUACGAUACUGGGAUGUACGCCCAGCUCGUUGGGUGGGCCGCUGAAUACCACCCGGAGGCGGUAGAGACGUUGCUGGAGGUCGCGGAGCAGCACUAUCGACGCCUCCGAAUUGCACCAUGCCACACCUCACGUGCUCGUUUCUGGGCCACAUUGAGAGCGUGGUGGUAUGCCUCACAAAAGCCAAGCACCAUACCAGCAAUUUCGCUGAUGUGGCGCUGCUCUCGCUGUAAGGUGGCCAUCGCCAGCCCGGGCCAAUGCCAACUACGUGCGAAGCAGGUACUGGAGCGCCAUCUUCGACCCAUCCAGCAGGUGGAAUACGCGAUUGAGUUGCUGAGCCGUAACACGCCGCCGACGUUGGUGCCGAAGGUGUCACGCGAACUGUCACGGACGCGAGCGAUGGCACUUGCCGAGAAGCUGCGUGACGACCCCGACCGUCCACCCAUUCGGCACGCAGGCUGCUGGAACUGUGCCCUGAGUCACCCGAUGGCGGACUGCCCUUUCCCACGAGGGACGUUUUGUGCCCAUUGCGGCCACCAGGGGUUUUAUUUCGAGGAGUGUCCACGUUGCAAACCCGGAUUGUUUGGUUUGCCUCCGUGAACCACCGAUUCCCGCCACGGGCGUCAUUAGCCAUUGCCGAGGAGGCGCUGGUAGCCGAUACGUCGGCUAAAGAUUUUUUUUUGUUGUUUGUUUUUUUUUACUACGCCGUUGCGUUCCUUUUGUUUAUAGUCGCUGCCGCGACUUGGUAUUAGUAGUUUAAGUGAACGUGCCGCAGAGCGGAGUAACUAUAUUGUAUUUUAUAAUAAAUUUGUCAGUUAUGACAUAA